GCCAUCCAGCCGCGCCGUUCGAUUCCGCCCCUUCCUGUUGCCAGAGAGAAGGAGGAGCUUUUACCAUCGCCACCACUUCGCCUCCGCCUCCGCCUCAGCUGACUGGCGGACGUAUGGCUGCUCUUACUUGGAAAUGGCUGGUGGGGCUGGGCCUUAUCAUUCUGAGCCACUCCGCCUUCUCCGUCGCUCAGCAUCGUACUUACAUGCGUUUAACUGAAAAGAAAGGUGAAGCUCUGCCAAGAGAUAUAAUUCUUCAAACCCUGUUGGCCUUUGUAAUUACCCUUUAUGGCAUAGUACAAUCUGUUGGAGAUUUCAGAGAGCUGGAUGCCACUUUGGAAUUGGAGAAUCGGACAAUGGACAGUUUAAGAAACCAUCCAUCUUUUUGCAUCUUUAACCACCGUGGUCGAGUACUGUUCCGGACAUCUAAGACCAUCGUCGUCAGUUCUCCUUCAAGCUCUGCAGCACCGACUCCACCUAAGCAUGCACCAAAGCCUAAAAAGGGGAAAUCUCAUUCCCGUUAAUGUUUUUCCAUAAUCUGGAAAGUAAGCUAAAACACAAGCUGCAGCAUUAGUUAAAGGAAUAAAAUUCUUGUUUGAAAGCA